UGGUCGUAUCGUGCCCGUCGUUGACGCCUGGGAUUCCCCUCGUCCCUCCCAGCAGCGCUACGCCCUGUUUACUCUCGCGGAAACCGCGGCGCCGCCAACACCGAGACGCGCGUAGUAUAGUGAGUUACGGUGGUCCGUCUGGUGGGCUCAGUUUAAAACCAACCACCGUACAGUACAGACCAACAAAGUGCCAGGGGUGCCAGAGACCAGUGAGCACGACAGCGAUCAGCAGCAGCAGCAGCCAAAUUCGACGCUAGUGCCUCCGAUUGAAAUUUCAACCGAGCGGGCCAUCGAGCAGGAGCGGGAGCAGCAGUAGCAUCAACCAGGGAUCAACAGACAGACUGCAGCUAUAGUCGCCGCCGCCACCGCCUCCGCCGCGAUGAAUUGGCCUAAUGUGUGGAGCUUCGUGCGGCGCAAUCUGCUCACCCUGCUCACCAUCCUCGGAGUGGUGAUCGGGAUAGCGCUAGGCCUAGGGCUCCGGGCGGUCCCGGCCGAUGGUGAGACCUGGUCGGCGCGCGAUGUCAUGUACAUCAACUACGUCGGUGAUCUGUUCUUGCGCGCCCUGAAAGCCCUCAUCCUGCCGCUCAUCAUCUCCUCGCUGAUCGCUGCCGUCGGUUCGCUCGAUCUGUCCCUCUCGAAGAAGAUCGGUGGCCGGGCGGUCCUCUACUAUCUCGCCACGACCGUCCUGGCCGUCAUUCUCGGUAUCGUGCUGGUUAUCACGAUCAAACCGGGUGCGGACAGUGAAGCGGACGAGACGACCGAGACGAAGGGAGGUCCACGCAAUGUCACGACGGCCGAUACACUGCUCGAUCUGGUACGCAACAUGUUCCCACCGAAUCUGGUGCAGGCCUGCAUCGAACAGUACCAAACGGUUCUAACACCGCCGGAGAACAAUCCGACCGAACCGGACAUCUACGAGUGGACGGUCGGUGGUCGGUACAGCGAUGGUAUGAACAUUCUCGGCCUCGUGGUUGCAUCGAUCGUGUUCGGCGUUGCGCUCGGUGCUACGAAGAAGGAGAAUGCGCUGGUGCUUUCCUUCUUCCAGCAGCUGUCCCAAAUCGUGAUGAGGGUGACCGGAUGGGUGAUCUGGCUCUCACCGGUCGGUGUAACUUUCCUGAUUGCGGCCAAAAUAUUGGAAAUCGAAGACCUGGGUGACAUGUUCAGCAAGCUUGGCCUAUACUUUGCCGUCGUCGCCGGUGGUAUCCUGUUCCACGGGUUCGUCGUACUGUCGCUGCUGUUCUUCCUGUUUACGCGCCAAAAUCCGGUCAAGUUCAUUGCGAACAUGGGCCAAGCGCUAGCGACCGCCUUCGGUACCUCGUCCAGUUCGGCCUCCCUGCCGGUCACGAUGCAGUGUCUGGAGGAGAAGAACAACAUCGACGAGCGAGUGUCACGGUUCGUGUUACCGAUCGGUGCCACGAUCAACAUGGAUGGUACCGCGCUGUACGAGGCCGUGGCCGCCAUCUUUAUCGCGCAGCUACGCGGAUUGUCCUUGUCGUUCGGCAAUGUGCUGGCGAUCAGUAUAACGGCGACGGCGGCCAGUAUAGGUGCCGCCGGUAUCCCGCAGGCCGGCCUAGUGACGCUCGUGAUGGUGCUCGAUACCGUUGGGCUUCCGGCGGAAGAUGUUUCGCUCAUCAUCGCCGUCGAUUGGUUGCUGGAUCGAUUCCGCACGUUAGUGAACGUGCUGGGCGAUAGCUUCGGUGCCGCCAUCGUAUAUCACUUCAGUAAAGCCGAACUGGAGAGCUCCAAACAGCCCCAGCAGGAUCUGAACCUAACGCAACAGACCGAGCUCGACCUGGAGCUGGUCCAUCAAGUCGAUCACACCACCAGCGCCACCACCGUGAUGCCACUCGAUGAGCGCCACAUCCUGAAGAACAGCCGAUUGUAGGCACGGCACCGAAAGCGCGUGCGCAUCGGCCACCCGAUGCCGAUCGCCCCUCUCCAAUACUGCUGCCAAAGGAGAGCUGUGACUUGGUCCCACCUCAUUCCAAAUCGUUGUGUGGCUGGCUGGCUUGCUGGCUGGCUAGCUGGUGGGGAAGGAAAAGAAGACGAAACGGAACGGGGGAAGUCAUAGAUCAAUCGAUUGUAGGGAGCGAUUUUAUGAGAGGCAAUCGAGGAAAUUGUAGCCCCGUAUGGGGCCUAUCACUAUCCCCUGGAAACCCACCCAACCCCUCCCUGCCCCUUCUUUCCUUUGCGGGGCUCAAAUUUAUGGCGGAUCGACUGAGCGUCAACAACGUCACGAAUUGUUUUCGUAGCAACUCAUUUUUAACUACUUAACACACAACACACACACACACACAAACGUGCGACACAAGCGAGACGCAAUAUCUGAUAAGAUAGAUAAGGUAUAUAUAUAGAGAGAGAGAAAUGUAUAGAGUAACACAUUAACUGCCCGCCACACGAUUGUCAUCGGAUGUGAUAGAAGCGCGAUAUCCGGGUUAAUAUCGGCGGGUUGGAGAGCCCCACAAAAUCCAGCCUCUGUUUGCCAUUAGUUUACUGCUAAUGUUACGCUUUACGAGAGCCUGUUGUAGCUGUAAGAGCUAGAUAAAUAUAUAGAUACGUUUUAACCUGCUCCUCUAGCAACUCCUCCUGCCACGACAGGAAGUGGUACAUUGAAUAGACCUAUUGUUUGAUU